AUAUAUAUAUAUAUAUAUAUACCAGUUUCUAUGUGCAACUCUGGCAGUGCUGUUUCGUUUUCAUCGAGUUCUGCAGGAGAGAAUCAUAUGGCUGUGAAUGGGAGGAACAGGUCUUCUAGACCUCUUCCUUCUACAUUCUUGAUGAGAAUGGCUAUGAAAAUAUCUAGAGCAAGGUGGUUCACCUUCUUGAGAAGAGUUUUUCAUUACCAAAAUGGGUCAAGGUCUGAUCUUGGAACGAAUCCUUUUAAUUCCAGCAGUUGGAUGAUGCUGGAGUUCAUAGCUUUGGUUGUUCAGAUAAGCAUCACGACGAUUACUCUGGCUGUUUCGGAGAGGGAGAAGCCAGUUUGGCCUAUGAGGAUUUGGAUUGUUGGGUAUGAUAUAGGCUGUGUUCUCAAUUUGCUGCUACUUUUUGGUCGUUAUAGACUACUGUAUAUCACUCAAGCAGAUGGUUUCAACAGCACGGAUUUGGAACAACAAAGAGGCGUUGAAGAAUCGAGGACAACACAUUUGAUGAACAAGUGCAGAACCUCACUUGAGCUGUUCUUUGCAAUUUGGUUUGUAAUGGGUAAUGUUUGGGUGUUUGAUUCUCGGUUCAACUCAUUCCUUGGAGCACCGAAACUUCAAGUGCUCUGCAUUGCUCUGCUUGCUUGGAACGCGAUCUGCUACUCCUUUCCAUUCCUACUGUUUAUAUUGCUAUGUUGCUGUGUUCCUCUAAUUAGCAGCAUGCUUGGAUACAACAUGAACAUGGGCUCCAUUGAUAAAGCAGCAUCCGAUGACCAAAUUUCUCAGCUUCCUUGCUGGAAAUAUAAGGAAGUUAACACCACAGUAGACUACGGAAGCGAUGGUAAAUCAGACCUUGUAAAUGAAGAUCCAGACUGCUGCAUUUGCCUGGCCAAGUAUAGGGACAAAGAAGAAGUGAGGCAGUUGCCAUGUUCACAUAUGUUUCACCUCAAAUGUGUCGAUCAGUGGCUCCGGAUCAUAUCUUGCUGCCCUCUUUGCAAGCAAGAACUACAGAGAUAACAACAAUUCGGCUCGAUAUUCUGCUAUUUUUUGUGUGAUUUUUGCAGGUUACUUGAGUGAGUUAAUUUGCUUGUACAGUGGAGCUCACCAGUAACCAAACUAUACCAAUUAAGUUUAUAAUGUUGAUUCUUGAAUACAUACACAGAAGAAAGAAAUGAUGGAUAUUGGUAGCCUUAUGUAUUCUCUUCAAUUUGAACCAACUCACAGUUUUUGGAUAGUAUUAAAUUCAUGUACAGAUGUAAAUGUACCAAGCCAGUAUACUGAUGCAUCACUUAUUUGUAUUAUAUCUAAAAUACAGUAUUGUGUUCCAACUUCA